AUGUCGCCUCCUUCUGCAAACAUCCUCGUCGUCUUCCUCCUUUGCGCCUCUGCAACUGCUCUUGCGGAAGAUCACUCUUCGGGGCGCCAGCUGAAGACCUUUGGAGGCGGCGGGUUCCUUGGCGAUCCCCUGUCUGCAGCAAGGUCUAUUGUGGGUGCUCACUCAUCUGAGCAGGCCAGCGCAGUUUCGAGUGCGCUCGCCCAAUCAUACAGCCAAGCCGACAAGCCAUCCGCGACCUCCUCCUUCGCGGACAGCAGCGCAGAGGCCUUCUCAUCAGCUGCCAGCUCUGACCCGACCAGCACUGCGAUGGCAUACGCUCAGGCUGCAGCAAGUGGCGGUGAUUCUGCCGAAGCAGCUGCGGUGUCUGCUGCACGCGCGUUGAGCGCCGGAGGCGAGAAAUCAAAGGCCUUUGCAUCAGCCAUCGCCCUGGCCAUCAGCCAGACGGGCUGCCCCACCCUCCAGCCAACCCUGGCCAAGGCGAAGGCAAUGGCGGUCGCUCAGGGGGACGCAGUCGCGCAGGCCUUUGCACAGGCGGUGGCCCAGUACCCCAUCAUUGCCGACUGCAUCGGCGGCUCCGGCUCCCGGGCCUCGGCCGAGGCUCGCGCCAGUGCAAGCGCCGGCGGCAACUCCAGCCAGGCAGCAGCGCAGGCUGAUGCAGCAGCCAAGGCUCAGACAAAUGGGCAGGCCAGCGCCCAGGCAAAUGCGGCAGCCAAUGCCGGCAGCUCUGGUGGACCCGGCGGCAGCAGCGCAUCUGCACAGGCCACCGCGCAGGCCAGCUCUGGCUCUGGCCGCAAGAUGCUCAUGAGUCUCGCACAUCUCUUCGUCCUAGCCGUCAUUGCGUGCAGCGCCCCUGCGCUUGCCCUCGACCUUCCAUCAGGCCGGCUGCUCCUUCAGGUGUCAGGUGUGGGCUCGGGCGGCUCUCAAACAACAGGGCUGGGCUCGGGCGGCUCUCAGGCAACAGGGCUGGGCGCGGCAGGGGCAGGGGCAGGCGGCUCAGACUUCCUCCCCAGCACCGGCAGCUCAACAGCAACAGCGAGCGCGAAGGCCGAGGCUCAGUCCGGCUUUGGUGGCGGCGAUGCCAACGCGGCGGCGCAGGCCAUUGCUCAGUCCGGCAGCAGCCAGGACGUGGCUGAUGCAUUCUCACAGGCUUACUCACAGGCUGGCAACCCAACCCUGACGUCCCCUUUUGCAUCCACCAGCGCACAAGCAUUCGCCCAGGCCUCAGCCUCCAACGUCGAUGCCGCCGCUGAUGCCUUUGCCAAGACCUGCUCAACAAAUCUGGACGCAGCUGCGCUGGCGACAGCAAAGGCCUUUGUGACUGGAGGUGCCCAGGCAUCCGCCUUUGCACAGGCCAUCUCAAGGUCCAUCUCCAAGUAUGGAUGCCAGGCAAUCCAGCCUGCACUCGCAAAGGCAUCUGCGCUGGCCCAGGCGAGCGGCAACGGCGCAGCGAGUGCCUUCUCGAAGGCGGCGGCGUCGUCAGGAGACAUCCAGAGCUGCCUGGGUGGAUCCUCGACCGCCAUUGCAGACUCGCAGGCCUCCUCCAACGACGGCAGCGGCGCAUUUGCACAGGCCAGCGCCACCGCGCAGGCCGGUGCCGGCAGCGGCCGGAAGCUGCGGGCAGUCACAUGA